AGGAAAAAUGCACCAUCACUUUUUCUUAUAGAUCUUUUACUUAUUUUUACUAUAGUUUUAAUAGAAAUGAGUUUUAAUUUAUUUUAUAAAUAAAAAUAAUUUCACUGUCGUCAUGUCACCCAAAUAUAUAAGUUAAUUUUAAAGAGAUUAUAUAAAAUACCAGAAUUCGACAAAGAAAUAAAAUAGCUAUAAAUUGUCAUUUUUCUACAAAAGAUUUACAAAAGCUAUAAAUUAGAGUUUAUUAUAUUAUCUAUUAGCGAUAGCAAAUAUUAUGUAACCUUUGACUAUAUGUUGGAUUAGCAUGUCCGGAUUAAGACCACGCUAUCAUAGAUUUUAGCUCUUAGGUGACAUGGGGCCAGUGACAGGGUUUAUGAGAUAUUUUCCUUUGUGUAUAUAAUUAUUUUACCUAAUUGGGCCUCACCUGGGAAUGAAACAAAAUUUGUAUUUUAUGAAAUUGUGGUCACUUGAACAUUGACCAGCAAUUAAUAAAGAUCUAUUAUUUUACAAAGAAUUGGUUUUUCAUUCCAGCUAUUAUAGCCAUAUACCAACAAACAAACCAAAACGAACUAUUCCACGUUCACAAAUUGGCAGAGGACUGACUCUUUCCUGUUACCUUGCUCUACUGUCUACAUGCCAUACAAGAAUACAGCUGGUGCCAAGUCAACGACAGGGGCAACACCGUCCAAUUAUAAUACAAGGGCCAAAGCACAAGCCGCUGAGGACAUAUACUCCACAGAUCUAGAGGAGAUUCUGGUAAUAAUAACCGAACAACAACCAGGUGACGAUCAAACAGAGAUUGUCAACAUAACUGAACAGGAACCAGUAGCAAAUAACCAGAUAAAUUUGCAAGACACAGAACAAGCAGAAGAAGAAAUAGAAAUAGAACCAGAAGCUGAACAACAGAUAGUGCAUAUUAUUCCAAUAGUAGAGGGUAUAAGAUCAGUUUUUAAAGAACAAGUGAUGGCAGUGGGUGUACCUCAUCAUGAUCAAAACAAGCCAAAUUACAGUCAAAAUUAUAGAGGAUCAAGGCAGCAGUCACUGACCAAAUGCAAGUUUUGUGGAGUUAUAAGUCUUGCCAAGAUUUUUAUAUGGUUGUGGAUAAUGAUAUGUGUGUCAGCUGACAAGGUGCACCAGAUACAACGUAUCAAUUAUGGAGUAGUGUUUGAGAGACAACCAAAUUUACUUUCGGGUCGUGAAAAUUGGCUUCACACUUUCAAGAUUCCCCUUCCUAGCAAACAAACUGAUGGAAACUUUGAACAAUGUGGUAUAACACAUCAGCAUUGUUAUAUUUUAAACCAAGUCUUAUCACAACUUACUGCAAUUAGAACUCAAGUAUCAUCAAAUGUGAAUCACACAGUCGAGGUUAUUCAUAAACUUAUUCCACAUAUUGAUAUUGAAGACAAAUCCAAUACAGAAUCUAGACUAAAGCGUGGACUAUUUGACUUUAUUGGUUCAAUUUCCAACUCUUUAUUUGGCACAGCAACUACUGAGGAUGUAAAUAGAUUAGCAAAACAUGUAAACAUUUUAAUCAGAAGAAAUAAUGAAUUUGCAAAAGAUAUUACACAUCACGAUAAAUUGUUAUCAUCAUAUAUGUCAAAAACAAAUAAGAGAUUUGAUAAUAUCAUAGUUGGUAUAAAAAACAAUUAUGAAGGUAUUCAAAAUAUCACUAAAGAAACUGCAAAAUUCAUCUCACAAUUUGAGAAACUAAGCAUCAAAUUGUCAAAAUUUUUACUCAAACAAAUGAAUGAAACAGCUGAAAUUAAUAAGUAUCUAGAAGAACUCAAAAUAGCUGUACAUGAGUUAGUUAAAGGCAAAUUAUCACCAUUUUUAAUUUCACCACAAAAUCUCAAACGUACAAUUCAGCAUAUUCAAUCUAUCUUAAAUGACAAAUUCAAAGGUUUUUACUUAAAUAAUGUGAACCCAUCAUAUUAUUAUUCACAAGCUAACAUUUUAUAUACUAGACAUCACAAAAAUUUAUUCAUUAGCAUCAAAUUUCCAAUUACUACAUUUGUGAAUCCACUCACUCUAUACAAAAUAAACUCAUACCCUGUACCUAUAAAUACAACCAGCAAUCACACAACUCAAUUAUUAGAUCUCCCACAGUACUUAGUAAUCACAUCUGAUAACAGACAGUAUGCAGAAUUAUCAGAUGAAUUUGUAAAAACAUGUUCAGGAAUAGAUACACUGUACUGCAUACAAACUUUUCCUUUACUUUCAUCUGUUUCACCAAGUUGUUCCUUUGCACUACUGUUCAAUGACAAAGAAAGCGUACAUUCAGAUUGCAAUUUCCGAUUCCUUACAAAUAUCAUACAGCCAGCAGUCAUAGAAAUAACUGACACAAGUUUACUUGUAUACAAAACCAAAACACUUGCUUUUGACUGUCCAUCAGGUCAUAAAAUUGAAAAAUGAUGUUCCUUUUGUAUUAUACAUGUUCCAUGUCUUUGUUCUGUAAAAACAGAUUCAUUAUUUAUACCUGUAAAAAUAGGAUUGUGCGAUAACAAUACAAAUACAGUGACUAUAGUACAUCCAGUAAAUUUAGCACUUAUUCAACACUUUUUCUCAUCAGAAACUUAUAAUUCGAUAUUAGGUGACACAACUUUUACAGACCCAGCAGACAUUACACUUCCCAACCUUCAUUUUUAUAACCAUACAUUUAACUCAGUCAUUGCACAAGACAAUAAUAUACACUUAAGCCUGAAAAGAAUAGCAAAAGCAGCAAAAGCAGACAGAAAAAUAUUUACCUCAUUGUCAGAACCAUUACUUGAUGGUGAAAUUGAUAUCGACGAUUCUUGGCCAAACACAAAUAAGAUGAUCUCGCUAAUAUCUCUUGUGUUAUCAAUACUUUUGACGAUUGCUUGCAUUGUACUAUUUAACAAAGUUCGUGCAUUGACAACAGCACUUAUACUGUUACAAAAAGCUCCAUCAUCAGCUGCAUUUGUGACACAACAAACACCACCAACAUUUCAUUACAUGCAAUCACCUAUAUCAACAACUCAAAAUUUUGAUUCAUUAUUAUCACCACAGUUAAAUCAGUGGCCAUCAAUAGUGUUGUCAGCAAUCACAAUUAUCUCAUUUGUUGGAGUAUUGCAUUAUUUAUAUAAACAAGUAUGCACAAGACAUCACACUAAAAUCAUACUUGAAAUCAGCAAUGGUUUAACAUGCUUGACAAUACCAGUUGUCAAUUUACCAUUAUGUCCAUCAGAUUGGGAUAUUGCAACACCAAAUAACAUAACAAACAUGAGAAUAUCUGGUACUUUUUAUACAAAACUACAUGUUGAAAUGUCAGGCUUAAGCAUAGUCAAUGUUCACACAAAACAACAAAUCAAGGUACCUGACACAUUUACAGUCAAUCCAAUUAAAGCAAAAAUGUUGAGAAACAUUUUUAAAUCACCAUUCACAUCAUACAUUUUAGUUGUACA